GCCAAAAGAUCGCUUAUGGCUACUUCUCUUGUCACAUGUAUGGACAACUCGCAAAUAACUCCGUUGUACUUCAAUGUGACUUUCAACCCUGAUGACGGUUCCUUGAGAUACGCUCUUGACUUAACAACAGAUAUUUCUACCUACGUCGUUGCCCAUCUUCAGGUCUAUGCCUACGGUUUUCUCAUCAUCGAAAGAGACAUCGACAUGUGUUCGCUCGGCUGGCCGCAGUUUUGCCCUGUUUUCCCUGGCUCGUUACAGAUCGACUCCAUCGAGUAUAUCAGCAACGACGUCGUGAGCCUGAUCCCGGGUAUCGCAUAUACGGUGCCAGACAUCGAUGCUGUGGCCAAGGUCAUCGUCAAGGACAGAGACACCAAACAAACGUUGACCUGUUUGCAGGCUUCGUUCUCUAACGGGAAGACUAUUAGUCAGACCGGUGCCAAAUGGGCUACUGCCGUGAUUGCCGGCCUUGGUUUGUUGAUUGCAGCUAUCUUGUCGACUUUCGGCAACUCCAACGCUGCUUCUCACAUCUCAGCCAAUUCCGUAUCGCUCUUCUUGUACUUCCAGAGUGUAGUUGUUGUCUGUAUGCAACACGUAGAGAGAGUGCCACCUAUUGCCUCGGCCUGGUCGGAAAAUUUGGCCUGGUCGAUGGGGCUAAUCCGUGUUGGUUUCAUGCAAAAGAUCUUCAGAUGGUAUGUCCAGAGUACCGGAGGAAACCCAACCCAGUACUUUUCCGGAACCACAAAACAGAUUUUGGUUCAGAGAUCGCUUGACUACGUUAAUGGUAUCAGAAAGAGAGCCCUUGACUUUGCCUUGAAGUCCAACUCUAAUUUGUUUGUUUUGAGAGGUAUAAAGAGAAUCGGAUUCAAUUCGUUUAUCGAACCCACUUCUAUCGUAGUUACCGGGUUCACCUUCUUCAUAAUCGUGGGCUAUCUCUUGGUGCUUCUCUUGGUUGUCACCAAGCUGGUGCUAGACUUGUUGAUCCGAUUCAAGAGACUCUCCCCAUCUACUCUCACGACGUUCAGAUUGCAGUUCCCAGUCAUCUUGAAGGGCUCUAUCUUGAGAUACAUUUAUAUCGGCUUCACCCAGUUAGUAAUCUUGUCUCUCUGGGAGUUCACUCAACAAGACUCACCGGCUGUGAUCGUGUUGGCUGUCUUGUUUUUGCUCUUGCCACUUUCUGUGAUUGGAUACUCCUACUGGAUGGUAAUAAAAUUUGGCAAAGAGUCUAUCAAGAAGUACAACAACCCGGCUGCCAUGCUCUAUGGUGAUAACAGGAUUUUAGACAAGUACGGCUACUGCUAUACCAUGUUCCAUGCUGACAAGUACUGGUUUGGUGUAGUGUUGAUUGGCUAUAACUUACUCAAGGCUAUAUUUAUUGGCUUGUUACAGACAUCCGGUAAGGCUUCUGUGGUUAUAUUGUUUGUUAUCGAUCUUGCUUACACGAUCUACUUGAUCUACACAGCUCCCUACUUGAACAAGCCUACCAACAUUCUUUCGUAUGUGAUAUCUGUAGUUGUCACGGCCAACUCAUUCUUGUUCCUUUUCUUUUCCGAUUUGUUUGGCCAACCAGCUCCUGUGGCCUCUAUUAUGGGUUGGGUGUUCUUCAUUCUCAAUGCAGCUUUCUCAUUGGUGCUUUUGGUGUUUAUUCUUGUGUUCAUCGUCAUGUCGGUUAUUUCCAAGAACCCUGAUGCCAGAUUUGCUCCUGCUAGAGACGACAGAUUCUCGUUCCAGAGAAAGUCUUCCAUGAAGCGCAGAUCGUUUAUCGACGAAAAGCAGUUGUCAGACGAAGACUCCAACCAAGCAAGACUGGGCGGCGACGAGUUGGCUGCUCUUGGUGUUGCUGCUCAGGACCACUCCACCGACUGGGAAGCUCAGAUGUACAAGUUGAACAACCUCUCAGGUGAAGGCGCCAGCAGCCAGAAUGAGAUUCUGUCUAACCGUGAGUUCCUCACUCCU